AUGGCGGCCGUCCAAAACCCCCACGCCAGGGGAGACCACCGUCUUUGUGGCUGCGGGAAUAAAAUUUCAGGGAAAGACACCCACCCGGUGUGCGGUACCUGUCUAGGAGUCGACCACGCCAGGUUGGCCCUAGAAAUUCCCGGCUCCUGUGGACACUGCAAAGUGUUCACGGUCAAGAGCCUCAGACGCAGGCUAGCCCGCCAGGUUAGCAUCUCGGACCGUGAUCCAUUCCUCCCCACCGCCGCACAAGGUGCAGCCGCGGAGGAGGACGUGGACUCAGCUGGGGAAGCCCCGGAGACUGACUACGACUGGGGUGCCCAGUGCGAGCAGCUCCAUGCCCCCCCGUUUCCCGAGGAAGACGUGCUGGAAGUCAGUCCCAUGGAGGAGGAUGACGACACCUCGUUCCUCAUAUCAGAGGACGAGGAAGAGGAUGACACCUUCAUGGCCCCAGCACAGCCUGAGAGGCCUAAACCGCCGUGCCCUUCCGCCAUGGAAGACAGGGGAGCGAGCUCACAAGCUCCCUCCCUCCAUGUGGACCUGCUCGACGUGUGCAAACGCGCGGCAGAGAAGCUGGAGAUUCCCUGGCCGGUCGCAAUAGCGGAGCCCACCCGGUCCCGCUACGAAGGCAAACGGCUUCCCCUGGCACGAAAUGCGGUGAAGCAGCUUCUCCCUGUCUUCCCCGAGUUGCUGACGGAGCUCUCCAAAACAUGGACUAGCUGCCCAUACAGCAACAGGAGCCCUAUUUCGGGCGCAGCAUCCCUCGACUGCGAGGCGAUGGACGCACACGGCCUCCUCUCCAUGCCUCCGGUGGAAGUCCCGGUAGCUGCGCACCUCUGCCCAGGCAGCGCAUACAAAGCAGCAGCCCUCUCGGCCAGAGCCCUCAGCGCCCUCUCCAUCCUCACUGCCUACCAAGCGGAGUUGUUUGGCGCGUCUGCUGAGGAGCAAGACCCGGAUGCGUGGGAGGAGAUGGCGGUCAUCGCGGACCUGUCUCUCCGUAUCCAACGUGUCGCGGUCCAGGCCACAGGGAAGGUGAUGGCAACCCUCGUCGUCCAGGAGCGAGCGCGAUGGCUCAGUCUCGCUAACCUGACCGACAGGGAGCGGGAUGACAUCCUGGAUAUGCCGAUCGUCCCUGAAGGCAUCUUCGGCUCUGCAUUGGCCACAAUGCAGCAAAGAUGUGAGGCAAAGAAAAAGGACAACGAGGCCCUCAAACUUUGUCUCCCUCGGAAAGCCCCUGCGCCUUCACCUCCGGUGCAACGUACCAAGACGGCCACCACCGCCAGGUCCGCCCCCUCCGAUGAGGAAGGAGCGCGGAGCCGGCUGGCAGGGGAAACCUGCCUCCACGACCGCUACGCCGCCGCCGCCCACAGCCGCCGCGAGCUCGGUCCCACAGGCGAGGAAGAAAAAGAGGGCGGCCUGACAGCCGCCAGUUCCUCAGUUGGUGCAGCCUGCUGUUCCCCGUUGCGCAGGCCCACCGUUUUGGCUUGUUUGUGCGCACCCCACGCCACCGUUGCCCAUCCCAGAGCCGGUCUGCGAGGAGAAGGACAUCGCCCCGGAGGUCUGCGCGGUUGCGCCCCGAGCGGAAUGGUGGCCGCUCAGCCCCCUGCAGCUCUGCUCCCGGGACGGGCACCGCCGUCCCCGCGGAGCAGAGCAGAGCGCUCCACCGUGCCUCCGGUGGUGCCCGAGAAUCAUUUCUCGGUUCCACCACAGGGGGGCGCGGGGCAGGAGCCGCAAUAUGUUCCCCCGCUCUCUCUCAGAUGGGAAAGCUGGAGAGCAGCAGCAGCUCCACCAUGGGUGUUGCGCACAAUUUCCCGGGGAUACAGGCUUCAAUUCGCCACUGUCCCUCCCCGCUUCUCCGGUGUAAUACACUCACAUGCACAGGGAGAAUCAGCUCGAGUUUUACGGGAGGAAAUUCUCUCUCUGAUAGACAAACGAGCAGUUUCUGUCGUAUCUCCCGAACAGAGUCUGUCAGGGUUUUAUUCCAGAUACUUCCUCGUCCCCAAACGGGGGGGGAGAGGAAUCCGCCCUAUUCUGGACUUAAGAGCCCUGAACAAAUUCCUGCGGAAAUACAAGUUCAGGAUGCUGACACAUGCAGCUCUGUUGCGUCUAGUAAGACCGAACGACUGGUUUUCGUCCGUGGAUCUGAAAGACGCGUAUUUCCACAUUCCCAUUUAUCCCCCUCACAGACAAUAUCUCCGGUUUGCCUUUCAAGGGGUGUGUUACGAAUACCGUGUUCUACCAUUCGGUCUGUCUCUCAGUCCGAGGGUUUUCAUACGGUGCACAGAGGCUGCGGUAGCCCCACUCAGACGCCGGGGGAUACGUCUGGCCACGUAUUUAGACGACUGGCUCCUGUUAGCGCAGUCAGAACAGGAAGCCAGGGUUCACACACACAUUGUCACAAAACACCUGAUGGAUUUAGGUUUUGUGAUAAAUAUGGAAAAAAGCCACCCAUCUCCAACGCAGGAGAUAUGCUUUCUGGGAUUAUCCCUGCGCUCUGUUCCGUUCACAGCCCGCCUGUCAGAGGAAAGAGUGACGGUUUUCAGAACGUGCCUGUCACAAUUCCGUCUGCACAGGUCUGUCCAGUUCAGACUGUGCCUUCGGUUGCUGGGUCUGAUGGCCUCAGCCAUCCUCGUGAUUCGCCUCGGCCGCCUUCACAUGCGGGACUUUCAGCGCUGGGUCGCUUCGCUCCAAAUGGACCCCGUGCGUCAUGGCGCACGGCGGAUAACGGUCACAGCGGACUGUAUAACAGCUCUGCGCUGUUGGCGAGCCCCGUCCUUCCUGACCCAAGGGGUGCCUAUGGGCACCGUCUCGUCCAGGAAAGUGGUAACCACGGAUGCCAGCCUAUCAGGCUGGGGCGGCAUUCACGAGGGCAGGUCUGUGAGGGGUCGCUGGAGCCAGGCCCUCCAGCGCCUUCACAUAAACUUUCUCGAACUUUCGGCGGUGUUUCUUUCUCUGAGACACUUCCUCCCAUUCCUCUCGGGUCACCAUGUCCUGGUGAGGACGGACAACACGACAACAGUGGCGUAUAUCAACCGCCAAGAGGGCCUGCGCUCCCGCAUGUUGCACAAUCUGGCGCGCGACCUGAUUCUCUGGAGCAGUACCCACUUUCUCUCCCUGAGAGCGACGCACGUCCCGGGAGACUUGAACACGGGUGCGGACCUGCUGUCCAGAGGCGCGCCAGUGUACGGGGAAUGGACGCUGCACCCACAGGUCGUGGAGCAGAUAUGGGCGCGCUACGGGCGCGCUCAGAUAGAUCUGUUCGCGUCCAGGGAAAACGCUCGAUGCGAGCUGUUCUUCUCUCUGAGCACUCUGAAUGCCCCUCUGGGCGUAGACGCAUUAGCGCACGCCUGGCCGCACGAGCUGCUAUACGCGUUUCCACCGCUGGCCCUGAUACCCCCCACUCUCGCCAGAGUGAGGGCAUUCAACCACAGACUGAUCCUAAUAGCUCCGCACUGGCCAGCGCAACACUGGCUGGCGGAGAUAUUCCAGAUGCUGUGCGCCCAGCCUUGGGAGCUGCCGCUGCGCAGGGACCUGCUCUCGCAGGGUGCGGGGACAGUGUACCACCCACACCCGGAGCGACUGCAGCUGUGGGCCUGGCCCGUGAGUGGCUUAAUUUAACCACUGCCGGGCUCCCUCAGAGUGUAAUUAAUACUAUCCAAAACGCCAGGGCUCCCUCCACUAGGAACCUAUAUGGCUCCAAGUGGGGACUGUUUGAGCGGUGGUGUCUUGAACGGGACUACGUUCCUUUUCAGUGUUCUG